AUGGCAACGCUUGCCAACAGCCAGGCGGGCUUCCAGCAGUAUUGUGAGUCUUUCAAUGCCAGCACCUUUUCAAUUUCCGGCGUCUCUUUUGCGUCAACCUACAUCCCUGUCGGAACCGAACUUCAGCUCAACGAAGUAGACGCCACGUGUGGCAUUUUCACCCAGGCCGUGACAGUCAGUCUAUGCCGCGUAGUCGGACAAGUGCCUACGUCGAACCGCUCUGGUUUCUGGUUUGAGGCGUGGCUGCCUGAAGACUGGAGCAGUCGCUUCCUCGCAACUGGUAACGGCGGUCUCGGCGGCUGUAUUCAGUACUAUGACGUGGAGUAA